CGCUCGUUACCCUGAGAAACCGGUUAGCCAGGCGUAUGCGGGGGUGGUUACGGCUCCCCGCCCGACGACUUAGUGUCUGGGUCUUUCAAGAUGGCGGUGGCGAAGUCAGAGGCCGGCACGACUGCUACCGCCUACUUCCGUACGGCCAGACCCUUGCCCUCGCUGGUCACGGUCCUGGGGCUGGGCUACUUCGCGUGGGUUAUCUUCUGGCCUCAGAGUAUCCCUUAUCAGAUCCUUGGACCCUUGGGCUCCUUCACUCAGUACUUGCUGGACCACCAUCAUACCCUCCUGCACAAUGGGUAUUGGCUAGCCUGGCUGAUUCACGUGGGAGAGUCCUUGUGUGCCAUGAUAUUGUGCAAGUAUAAAGGUAUCACGAAUGGUUGGGCUCAGCUACUCUGGUUCCUACAGACUCUCCUCGUCGGGGUGGCAUCUCUCUCCAUCUUGAUUGCUUAUAGACCAAAGCGCCAAAAACAAACUUAAAGAAGAUAUCAGAUGCUUUCUCUACACUUUUACAUUCAACCUCAUCUUUUUUGAGGAGUGCUGUGUUUACUCAAUCAUCUUUCUAUUUAGAAAGUGUCUGUCCUUCAAAGUCAUUUAAGACCCCAUAGUUACUCAUUUCUCUUUCAUUUGCUCUGGUUGGACUUGAAUAGACCAGUUGCUACUUAAGAAAAACAUAGGAACAGAUUUUAGCUUUCCAGUCCUGCAGACUCACCUAUUUGGCAGAACUUCCAACUAACUUCAUGAGGUUCCUGGCUGUACUGGUGCUGUCCUGUCAUCUGGGCUAAGCCACAUACUAGAUUUUCUCACUAGUAUACGUUUGCUUGAGCCUUCUGAUUAGAGCACCUUACCCUUACCAUCACCAUCUUAGCUCUCCUUUUCCAAAAAUUUUUCCACCUUUCUGGACUAAGAUAAAGUGACACUUCCACAAUACAUCAGUUCCACACACAUUUAUUAGGUACCUGUGAAGCAGGAUCUUAACCUCUCAAAUGUCCACUUUUUUUUUUUUUCCAAAUAUUCAUUUCUGAAACCACAGAGAAAGAUAAGGAAGAUAAUAAGCAAGUGCCUGGAACAGGGCAGGCUGAGCGAUUUUAUGGAGGCACAAGGGACAUACUGAGAACCAAGAGGAGAGGACUUGGGAAUGACUUCCCUGAUGCUGCUAGCCAGGAAGUGAUCCUUCUCUCCACAUGGCCUCUGGGACACAGUGCUCUGUAGUACGCGGUGCCCUUAUGGCCCCUGUUAGAUCGCCCCUUCAGCUCAGGGCCACAUCUUGGACAGCUUUGCUUUCCUUCUCAGCACGUGCCCCACUGCCUUGCACACAGGAGGGAAACUGAUUUCACUUUCCAGUUGUUAUGUGAAAACUGCAGAGCCCAUUCAGUGAAACCUCAUCUCAAAAGGAAAGCAUAAGACUGCCUUUGGUAGUACCACCUUUCUGUGUGUCACCUAAUAGGAAACCUGUAUCUUUUUCACACUUUCCUGUUCUCAGUCACUUUCUGUGGACUCUUAAGUGUCUCCCUGCACCUCUGGCUUCCUCAAACACAGAAACAUUCCUAUUCCAAAGAUUCUAGCCCAUGGGUUAUCCCGCUGGUUACUAUGUCUCCCAUUCAUCUGGUGAUACCUUAUUGCUGCUGACUGGUGGAGGGAGGGAGGUUACUGACUGUCGCCUUACUCUGGCAGAAUAACACUGUCACCCCUCAGAGCCAUGACCUUCCCUGGAGGACCACUUGCUCAUUCUCUGCAACUAGUACUCAUUUUCCUUCUGUGAUACAGCAGGACAGGUUAUUUGUAUUAAACAAACGUUUAUGAGGAAUAACUCCCUCCCCCAAAAAGAGCCCCUAAGUGAAAGCAGAACCCUGAAAUACUAUGGACUAUGAUUUGUUUCUAGUGGAGAUAAAUUUCUGCAAAUAUAUCUUAGUCUUUCUAUUUCUCUUGUCAUUAAGGAGUUGCUUUUUGGUCAGGAAAAAGAUUUUUGACCAUGGAGUUAAGCAUUGUGGAAAUUCAACCCAGAUUUCUUAAAAUCAUGAUCUUCACCAAAGAGAAAUAACGACAGUAAUGUUCAUGGUAACAGGAACAAUAUGGCACAUCAUUAAAUGAAAUGGGUUAACUUGAAUAAAAUGCUAUGAAUUGUCUCCACACAAA